GCGGACGAGAGUCCUAUGGCAAAGUCACGGCGUGAGGCUGGAGGGGACGCGGGGAACCGCUGCCAACGGAGCUCCACGCCGGGCACCUCCAGGGCACUGCAGUGGGGCACGCAGUGGCACGAGGUGACAGGAGGCCUGGGGACACGGAGGGUCGUGAAUCCGAUCAUCAAAGCCGUCAUCGGGAGCGGCGUCGCAACAGGAGUGGCUCUCGUGGGCGUCCCGUUGACUAUUUGGUCCUUGGGCUUCACGGCUGCCGGCAUCACCGCGGGAUCCAUCGCGGCCAAGAUGAUGUCGGCUGCGGCCAUCGCCAACGGCGGCGGAGUGGCUGCGGGCAGCGUCGUGGCCGUGCUGCAGUCGGUCGGAGCCGUCGGACUCUCUAUUGGUGCCAAACUCGGCUUGGCCUCCGUGUUCGGGCCGGUCGGUGCGUUGAUCGGUUCGAAAAUCCCUUAAAGGAUGGGUGGCAAAGGCCAGAAACGCCCGAGAUACGGCACAGCUGCUACUGCGUCAUCACACCCCCCCCCCAUCCCCCCAUCCCCCCAGCGAUGAGCACUUGAGAGCAAUAAAGACGCUGCAAAGGA